AUGGUGGAGGGCGGGUUUGAGGCGCGGCAAGAGUGGGAGAUGCAACAGGUGUGGAACAAGGCCAUGGAGCUGCACCACAGCCAGAGGGAGCGGGCGCGCAACAUCUACGCCAUGGUGCACUGGUACAGCAGCAUACUGGCCAAGAUAGAGAAGCAGGAGUAUUAUGAGGGUGUGACGCCCUGCCCUGUGCCGCCCUUCGUGAGGGGCAUGUUCGCCCUGGAGGAGGAGUUUGAAAAGCUGAAUGAGGAGCAGAAAGAGGUGGACGUGCUGGCCAGCAAGUAUUCAGAGAUCCUGGACCAGGUGGAUUUCUACAACUUCGUGGAAGAAAAUCUCGAGUUUUCGCCAACGGAGCUCGAAGGGAGGGGGGCUGGAUGGGGGAAUGGCGUGCUAGAGGCGCUCAGAGGGGAGACACACGACGACGAGGAGGAGAGUGAUGUUGAAGAAGACGACGAAGAGUAUGAUGAACAGGAGGUCGCAUUGGGCGAAGCCAAGGACAAAGGCAAGAAAGCCCUGGGUUACGAGCUGGAUGAAUUGCUCAGUGGCAUCAUCCCCAAUGCGGGAUCCGACGAGGAGGCUGCGGAGGAGACAAUGAGCUACAUGAAGGACCUCUUGGAUGAAGGGGACUUGACGCCUGCCACAGUUGAAGAGCCGCUGUAG